GUGGACGUGGCAGAGCCUGACAAGCUGAGCAUCUCCAGUGGGUGAGACAGAACGUCAUUUCCGCUAGGAACUGGAGACGACGCUUUCUAGAAGCGGACGGGGAAGUGUGUGAAGAAGCCGGAACGGAAGGAGGACCAGUCUGGGGAUGUACACAAGAUGAACGUAAACCAGCCACCUCAUUUAGCUACCCCUUACAUGCAGCCCCAGCCUGGGGGGUUUCAACAACCAAUGUAUGGGGGUCAACCAAUGCCAGGAGGUCAGCAGUACCCAGGAUAUAAUGGGCCGCUACAAGGCUAUCCACAACAUGUUCCUUCACAAGGUUUCCCUUCUAACUCAGGAUUCCCUCAAAAGGGGUCCCCUGAUUCUCUCACCUCUGGCACUUCUUCUCCUGUUACCUCUCAUUAUAUAGGUCCCGUGAGAGCUCCACCAACAUCAGGGGCCCAGACUCCAGCAGGAACGUCACUCCCUCCGGAACAGCUGCAGUAUAGUCAUUUCAGUCAGGGUGACAUGCAGAAUGGACCAGCAUCAAGAGCCCAGAUGCAAAGACCACCUAUGGCUCAACCAUACAUGCAACAAGCAGGAGCUCCUCCACAGUCAGCUAAUGUUCAGCAAUACCCUCCAACUUCCACUAGUACACAGCAACUAAACAACCAAAUGAUGGGAAUGCAUAUUACUGGGGUAACAACAUCUGGUCCACCACAAACAACACUACAAUUUGGCACGCAAAGUCCUCUUCCACCACACUCCGGAUCAGGAGCCUAUAACCCUUAUUCCAACAAUCAAGUCCCCUCUGCUAUGAAUUUGACACAAGGAAUGCCUCCUACCAGUUUACCACAAGUUCAGCCACCCACUUCACAACAAUUUACAGGACCACCACCUCAACCACGCCAUCCUUCUGCACAUGGUUUUCCUCCUCAACAAAAUGCUCCCCCUUUAAAUUAUCCUUCCUCUGUUUCUGGAGCUCCCCCACCAACCACAUUGCACGGCCCUCCAAUGCCAGGACAGCCUCUGACUGGACCUCAUUUAGCUCAGCCAAAUCAUAUAUCUCCUAAUCAGUCCCAGCCUGCUGUUCCUGGGGUUCUACCAGGUCCUCCAAUGACCGGUCCUCAGGGGCCACCACCUGCAAUGCCUACAGGCCCGGGAGGAUUUCCUCUUCAGCAAAAUGGUUCCUUUGGACAAGUUAGGGCUCCGCAGCCUGGAUAUCCCGCAGCUUAUCCUCAAGCUCCAAAUUAUGGAAGCCAUCCUGGUCCUCAGGGUCCUCCAGGUCCUCCUGCUGCACAGAAGAGGCUGGACCCAGAUUCCAUCCCUAGUCCUCAACUUAAUGAACUGCCACCCCAGCAGAAAUCAAGGCACAGGAUAGACCCCGAUGCAAUUCCUAGUCCAAUCCAAGUAAUAGAAGAUGAUAGGAGCAACAGGGGUUCAGAACCUUUUGUCACUGGCCUGAGAGGACAAGUUCCACCACUUGUAACAACUAACUUCUUCGUCAAAGAUCAAGGAAAUGCAAGUCCACGGUAUAUCAGAUGUUCAUCAUACAACUUUCCUGCCAGCGCAGACAUGGCAAAGCAGUCCCAGGUCCCACUUACUGCUGUUAUUAAGCCUCUGGCAACCCUACCGUCUGAUGAGGCUCCCCCUUGUGUGGUUGAUCAUGGCGAGACUGGACCUAUUCGAUGUAAUAGAUGUAAAGCCUAUAUGUGCCCUUACAUGCAGUUCAUUGAGGGUGGGAGGAGGUUCCAGUGCUGCUUCUGCAGCUGUGUCACCGAAGUGCCCCCACACUACUUCCAACAUUUGGAUCAUACCGGCAAGAGGGUGGAUUGCUAUGAUAGGCCUGAGCUGUCUAUGGGAUCCUAUGAGUUCACAGCAACUGUUGACUACUGCAAGAAUAACAAAAUCCCAAACCCUCCAGCUUUUAUUUUCAUGCUUGAUGUGUCCUAUAAUGCUGUGAAGAGCGGAUUGGUAGCAUUGGUCUGUGAGGAGUUGAAGCAACUGAUUGACUACCUGCCCAGGGAAGGGAACCAGGAAGAGUCGGCGAUACGAGUGGGCUUUGUAACCUAUAACAAAGUGCUCCAUUUCUAUAAUGUGAAGAGCUCCUUGGCCCAGCCACAGAUGAUGGUGGUGUCAGACGUGGCCGAUAUGUUUGUCCCUUUGCUGGAUGGCUUUCUUGUAAAUGUAAACGAGUCUAGGACGGUCAUCACUAGUUUGCUUGACCAGAUUCCAGAACUGUUUGCAGACACAAGAGAAACUGAGACCGUUUUUGGCCCAGUCAUCCAGGCCGGUUUGGAAGCACUGAGGUCUGCUGACUGUGCUGGGAAGCUCUUUGUUUUCCACACUACUCUUCCUAUUGCUGAGGCUCCAGGAAAGGUCAAGAACAGGGAUGAUAAGAAACUCCUCAAUACCGACAAGGAAAAGAGCUUGUUCCAGCCUCAGACAACUUUUUAUAACAACUUGGCCAAGGAUUGUGUUGCCCAAGGCUGUUGUGUGGAUCUGUUCCUGUUUCCCAAUCAGUUUGUGGAUGUGGCUACGCUUGGUGUUGUUCCUUUUCAGACUGGAGGUUCAGUUUACAAGUAUACUUUCUUCCAGAUGGAGACGGAUAGGGAGAGGUUCCUAAACGAUCUACGUAGGGAUGUUCAGAAAGACAUAGGAUUUGACUCAGUUAUGAGAGUCAGGACUAGCACUGGUAUUCGUGCAACUGACUUCUUUGGUGCUUUCUACAUGAGUAACACCACUGAUGUAGAGCUGGCUGGGCUGGACUGCGAUAAAACCAUAACCGUUGAGUUCAAACAUGAUGAUAAACUGAAUGAAGACACAGGAGCCAUCCUUCAGUGUGCUGUCCUGUAUACCAGCUGCGGAGGGCAGCGUAGGCUUCGGAUACAUAACAUGGCUCUGACCUGCUGCACACAGCUAGCAGACUUGUACCGAAAUUGUGAGACUGACACGCUGAUCAACUACUUUGCCAAGCUUGCUUUCCGUGGAGUCCUAAAUAAUCCAACAAAGACUGUUCGAGACACCAUGAUUAAUCAGUGUGCACAGGUCCUGGCAUGCUAUCGCAAGAACUGUGCUAGCCCCUCUUCUGCAGGCCAGCUGAUCCUCCCCGAAUGCAUGAAGCUGCUUCCAGUUUACCUGAACUGUGUGCUGAAAAGUGACGUGUUGCAGCCUGGUGCUGAGGUGACCAUUGAUGACCGGGCCUACGUGCGUCAGCUUAUUUCAUCCAUGGAUGUUGCGGAUACAAAUGUCUUUUUCUAUCCUAGGCUCUUGGCCUUUUCCAAAGUGGAUCCUACCAGUGAUUCUCUGCCUGUCGCUAUCCGUGCCUCAGAAGAACGUCUCUCUAAGGGUGAAAUAUAUCUGCUCGAGAAUGGGGUGAACUUAUUUAUAUGGGUUGGUGCAAAUGUGCAGCAGGCUCUCAUCCACAACCUGUUUGGAGUGUCGUCAUUCAGCCAGAUAGACUCUAGUUUGAGUGCAUUACCUGUGUUGGAUAAUCCAAUCUCAAAUAAAAUGCAUGCAAUUAUCACAAUGUUCAGAGCCCAGAGGCCACGAUAUAUGAAGUUGCUGGUUGUGAAACAGGAUGACAAGCUUGAGAUGUUCUUCAAACACAUGCUGGUGGAAGACAAGAACCUGAAUGGAGGGGCUUCCUAUGUAGACUUCCUCUGUCACAUGCACAAGGAGAUCCGACAACUUCUUAGUUAGAGAUAGAAGAGUUGGUGGUGAUCACCCCCAGUGACAUUUAAAAUAUUUUGCUAACCACCUUGGUCUUUUAACUAUGCUACUACAACCAGGACACCCAGAAAUGAAGGACCGUUAUGUUUUCUUUCUGAUUGCCCCUUAUUGUCUUUAUUUCACAUAACUUUGCUCCCAAAGUCCGCUCGUGCCCCAUAUCCUCUCCCUUCUAAAGAUGAAGAUAUUUAAGGAUUAACUGAAUGUGUCCCUCUUUGACCAAAUUGUCUGCACUGAGGAGCACAAACCUGUCUUGGUUGGGAUGAAUGUAGAGUUGCCUGCUCAGAAGAGAGCUUAUACACAAUACACUGGUUAUUACCUAUUUGCAUUGAUCUGCCUUUCGGAGAAAUGUUAAGAAAAGUUUAUAACACAUAUGAACUGACCUGGACAGUGUGUGAAGAGAUCAAAUUUCUAAUAUGUCAUAAAUACAUUCUUUUAAGAUGAAUAAGAUUUUUUUUGCCACACCUGCAAAUUUUGGGGUGUCUUCAUUUUAUUCAACUUUGUCAUUGAAGCAAAUAAUAAAACCCAUUAGACCAUACUGGUUAGAUAGAACGGUUUUAAAGUUGUCAACUAUGGUCCCCAAUACGAAAACAAUAUAUUUAAGGAUGAUCAGCAUGAUGAUGGUCCAUGUUUUUGGGCCUAGCAGAGUUAUCUAGCCCCUUUAAAUUAUGGCUUCUGGCAAUACUUUAUUUUUCUAAAAAUAAUUAAAUCAUCCAUCUUUAAUGCUCUCUAAGAGUUGACAUUAUUUGUUGUGUGUGAAGUUGGUUUACAGAUGUGAUUUGGUGCAAUUAUUCAUAUUAUAUGGCUAUUUUUCCCUUUCCACGUCCUGUUAUUUGAUCAUUCUACUGUUUGCGCUGGACAACCAGUGACGA